CGAAUUUAUAUCAAAGAUUAAAGCAUGAAACAACGCUUUUAUGUUUAUUCAACCUUGUCUUUUUGAUUAAGAAAGAUUAGAAUAUACACGUUAUCAGUGACAUGAUGUGAAAAUCCUAAUGAAUCUAUAAACGUCAUAAAAGUAUUUUAUAACAGUUCGGGAGAUGCUUGAUGCUACAAAUGAAAGAAACAAGAGGCAAAAAUCAUUCUGGAUGUGUUAAUAUAUUCAAAUACAAUAAAUAUUUUUCUAUAAUUUGAAAGUAAUUUUCUAGAAGGACAAUGGUUAAAAACACAAGUGAAAAAAAUAUUGUUACUGAGGCUAUUGAAAAUAAUCCACUGAAUAAAGCAGAUAAGAGUCAAGCAUCUGGUAACGAUGGACCAAAUUUUUUUCUUCCAAAUAAAAACUUGUCUAUUCACAAACACAAUGUGGAAUAUAUUCCUGGUUUAGGAAUUGUACGAUAUAAUCAUGCAAUGCAGAAUUUUAUACCUAUGCGUCCUAAAACAACUGACAAAGAAACCAUGCCAGCAGAUAGUGCUGGAUUAUUUUCUUAUAUGUUUGUUACAUGGAUGACAAGAUAUUUAUGGAAAGCAUACAAAAAGGGUAUUUUAUUAUCAGAUCUUCCAUUAAUUUCACCCUAUGAUAGCUGUAUUUAUAAUUUACAAAGAUUAGAAAAUCUAUGGCAAGAAGAAUUACAUAGAAAUGGUCCUAAUAAUGCAUCAUUUUGUAUGGCUGUAUGGAAAUUUGUACGCACAAGAGUAUUUGUCAGUUCUAUUUUUUUAUCUUGCUCAGUAAUUUUUGGUUUUAUAAGUCCUGCAAUAUUAAUGAGAAAUAUUCUAGAAUAUGUACAAUCCCCAGAAGGAACCAUUUGGGAUGGAAUAAAGUGGGCAUUAUUGUUAACAUUGUGUGAUUUUUCGAGGACUAUAUUUCUUACAUUGACUUGGAUUGUUAAUUAUAGAACAGCAUUAAGACUGAAAUCAUCUUGUUCUGCUUUAUUGUAUAAAAGAAUUAUUGGAUUAAAUAAUGUUGGAAACAUAAAUAUAGGAGAAUUAGUGAACCUAUUUUCCAAUGAUAGUCAAAGAUUAUUCGAUGUAAUCCUAUAUGGUCCAAUGAUUGUUACCAGUCCUAUUAUUAUCAUUUGUAGUAUUAUUUAUAUAUUACAGUUCUUCAAUCCUAUGGCUCUUUUGGGCAUGGUGGCAUUUCUUUUAUUUUACCCUAUACAGUAUUUACUUUCUCGUUUAAAUGGUUAUUUACGAAGUAAGGCAAUAAAAAUUACUGAUGUUCGUGUGAAAUUAAUGAAUGAAAUUCUUGAAACUAUGAAGAUGAUCAAAAUGUAUUCGUGGGAGAAUUAUUUUUGUCAAAAACUGCUUAACAUACGUAAAACGGAAAAGAAUUGGCUACAUAAGAUAGCAUAUUUUCAAAGUCUUAGUGUUUCAUUGACACCUGCUGUGCCUAUUAUCUCCGCUGUUAUUACUUUUUUGGCGCAUGUUUCUGGAGGAUUUAAUUUAACAGCUGCACAGGCUUUUCCUAUCGCAUCUUUAUUUUGGAACCAGUUGAGACUGGUACUUGUUGCACUUAAGGAUUCUACGCGAUACAUUAUCGGCGCUCAUAUAACCCUUAGAAGAUUUCAGGUAUUUCCCUUUGUAUCAUUACUCAAUGCUCAAAUUCGCACUAGUUUCAUGUUUUUGCAAGUGGCUAUAAUUAAUAUUAUUGCAUCAAAGAUAACUUUCAACAGAUUAAAGAAAAUUAUGUUAUUGGACAAAGGCAAUAUUUGCAUUUCAAGACCUAUUAUGAAAUCACAAUCAAUAGCAAUUGCUAAUGCAACAUUUGUUUUUGAUAAUUCUAAAGAACAAACUAAUAUAUUGAAUAAAUCCAAAAACAAAAAAAUAAAAGAUUCAGAUGCCAAUACAACAGAACUUGAAGAACUUAAACAUCCCGAAGAGAACAUGUAUAUUCAAAUACUUACAGAUAUAACAUUUGGUGCACCUAAAGGCAAAUUAAUUGGAAUUUGUGGUCAAGUAGGCAGUGGAAAGUCUAGUCUUUUGCUUGCAAUAUUGGGUCAAUUGCAAAUAAUAAAAGGACAACUUUCAAGAGAAGGCUCUUGUGCAUAUGUCAGCCAACAAGCAUGGAUAGUCAAUGCAACCCUUAAAGAGAAUAUUCUUUUCGGAGAACAGUUUGAUGCUAAACGUUAUUAUCAAGCAUUAACAGUAUGUAGUUUAAAGGAUGAUCUAAAUAUGUUACCAGGAGGAGAUGAAACUGAAAUUGGUGAAAGAGGUAUAAAUUUAUCAGGAGGCCAAAAACAGAGAGUCGCACUUGCCCGAGCAUUUUAUGCUAAUCGGGAUAUUUAUUGUUUGGAUGAUCCUCUGAGCGCAGUAGAUACACAUGUUGGACAUUAUAUUUUUAAUAAAUUAAUUCUUGAUGCUUUGAAAGAAAAAACUGUUGUUCUUGUUACUCAUCAAAUUCAGUUUCUGGAAUGCUGUGACCAAAUUUAUCUACUUCAAAAUGGAACAAUUUCCGAGCACGGAACGCACAUGGAACUUAUGCAGUUGGAUAAAGAAUAUGCUAUAAUAGUAAACAAUAUAUUGCAACAAUCAAAACAUAAAUUAAAUGAAGAUCAAUAUGGACAAAUUAUAAAUAAGGAUGAAGAUAAUAUCGAUUCUGAAUCAAACACUGAACUUAUUAAUUCCCAAGAAAAGCAAGAUGAAGAAAGUUCAAAAAAAAUUCAUAAUGGAGGAACAACUUUAAUAUUACAAGAUAAGGUUGAAACUGGAUCUGUAAAAGUGCAAACAUAUCAUGCAUAUAUAAAAGCUGCUGGUGGAUAUUUAAUGGCCCUUUUAGUAUUUUCCAUAUUAUUUUCAAAUGUAGGUAGUAUGGCAUUUAGUUCAUGGUGGCUUGUUGUAUGGAUCAAAGCAGGUGGUGGAAAUGCAACUGUUCCUGGCAGUAAUGGUACUCUUUUAUCAGAUAAUAUAAUUGACAAUCCAAAUUUCACAUAUUAUCGAAAUAUUUAUGCUACAUGUAUUGGUAUUAUAAUUAUGACAAGCCUCAUCCGUGGCUUAGUAAUCACAUAUGCCACAAUACGUGCUUCAACAACAAUACAUAAUACUAUUUUCAAAAAUAUAAUUACAUCUCCCAUGAAAUUUUUUGAAACCACUCCAAGUGGUAGAAUACAAAAUAUUUUUAGUCGAGAUAUAGAUGAAGUGGACAAUUAUUUACCAUUGGCAGUGGAAUAUAUGAUACAAAAUAUUUUCACUUGUAUAGUUGCUAUUUUCUUUAUAUGUUUCGUUCUCCCUUGGUUUUCUAUACCUUUAAUUAUUCUUGGCACAGUGUUUUUUUUGGUUAGCAAAAUGUUCAGAGUUGCAAUGAGAGAUUUCAAAAGAAUGGAAAGUACUUCACGUUCACCUGUUCUGAGCUUUGUUACAACCACUGUUCAAGGUUUGCAUACUAUCCGUGCUUUCAAAAAAGAAAAGAAUUUUAUAAAGAAGUUUGAAGAAUUAUUGGAUCUCAAUAAUUUAUGCACUUACAUGUGUAAUGCAGCAAUGCGUUGGUCUGCUGUGAGAUUGGAUAGUUUGGCAAUUGCUUGUUGUUCUAUCACAGCAUUCUUCAUUAUCUUUUUAAAAGGCAAAAUACCUGCUGCACUUGCUGGCCUUGCCAUGGCGUAUGCUACUCAAAUCUCAGGUGUCUUUCAAUAUACUGUCAGAUUAAUGUCAGAGACUGAGGUACGCUUUAUCAGUAUGGAGAGAAUAAAUUAUUACAUUAAGAAUUUAGAAAAGGAAGAUACACCCAAAGACUCAUUAAUUAAAGUAGAUGAAAAUUGGCCUAGUUCUGGUAAAAUACAAUUUAAAAAUGUUCAAAUGAAAUAUAGAAAUGAAUUACCACUUGUAUUAAUUAAUAUUUCAUUCACCGUCAAAACUGGAGAAAAAAUAGGAAUUGUAGGUAGAACAGGUUCUGGAAAAAGUUCUUUAACAGUAGCCUUAUUUCGAUUGGUUGAAAUCUGUGGUGGAGUGAUCAAAAUUGAUAGUGUAGAUAUAUCAAAAAUAGAAUUACAAUUAUUGAGAAAUAAACUUUCUAUUAUACCACAGGAUCCAGUAUUAUUUAAUGGAACAAUACGAUCUAAUUUGGACCCAUUUAAAAAAUAUUCCGACACUGAAAUUUGGAGUGCUCUUGAGAAAAGUCGACUUAAAGAAAAAGUAAAAUUAAUGAAUGGUCAACUUGAAGCGUUUGUAGAAUGUGGUGGAAAUAAUUUCAGUGUUGGAGAAAAACAACUUCUUUGUUUAACAAGAGCACUUCUGCGCAAUAGCAAGAUAUUGAUUUUGGAUGAAGCAACUGCAGCAGUUGAUCCAGAAACCGAAACAGCAAUUCAAGAUACAAUACAAAAUGAAUUUGCAGAAUGUACUGUUUUAACUAUCGCACAUCGUUUACAAACUAUUAUGAAAUAUGACAAAAUUCUUGUUAUGAAAAAUGGCAUCACCAUUGCGAAUAUAAUACCAAUUAUGAUGUUGGGGCGGAAACAGAGCCUCAAAGGGGAACCUGUCCUGGCUGAUUAUGGUCCGGAGGAGUCCCUCAAUGAGAGCGCUGAUAUAGAAUGGGUUAAUAAGUUAUGGGUAAGAAGACUGAUGCGGUCCUGUGCAUUAAUAUCAUUGGCUUCAGUUUGUUUAAACACACCAAAAACUUUUGAAGAAAUUCCACCACUGCAAUAUAUUACAUUUGUUUGUGAUUUGAUAGUUACUUUCCUGUUUACUGCUGAAAUGAUAGCCAAAAUGUAUAUUCGUGGAAUACUGAAGAGAGAAAAAUCUUAUUUAAAGGAUCACUGGUGUCAAUUCGAUGCCAGUAUGGUGAUUUUUCUUUGGCUUUCAGUCAUAUUACAAAUGUUUGAAAUGCUUGGCUUUGUUUUGAAGUUCAGUUAUGCAUCUAUCGUACGUGCACCAAGACCAUUGAUUAUGAUACGUUUUCUUCGUGUUUUCCUUAAAUUCUCCAUGCCCAAGGCUAGAAUUAAUCAAAUCUUCAAACGUUCGAGUCAACAAAUUUACAAUGUAACCCUUUUCUUCCUUUUUUUUAUGUCUCUAUACGGUUUACUUGGUGUGCAAUUCUUUGGUGAACUUAAAAAUCAUUGCGUUUUAAACACUACAGAUCCACAUCAUAUUACAAUAAAUAGUUUGGCUAUACCUGAUACAUUUUGUUCUACUGAUCCAGAAUCAGGAUAUCAAUGCCCUGAAGGAAUGAUGUGUAUGAAAUUGGAGUUAUCAAAAUACAUUAUGGGUUUUAAUGGCUUUGAUGAAUUUGCUACUAGCAUUUUCACAGUCUAUCAAGCUGCUUCCCAAGAAGGAUGGGUUUUUAUCAUGUAUCGUGCAAUUGAUAGUUUGCCUGCUUGGCGCGCUGUGCUUUACUUUAGUACUAUGAUAUUCUUUCUUGCUUGGCUAGUUAAAAAUGUUUUUAUUGCUGUUAUUACUGAAACUUUUAAUGAAAUUAGAGUGCAAUUUCAACAAAUGUGGGGUGUGAGAGGACAUAUUAGCAAUAGCUCGGCAUCACAGAUUUUAACUGGUGAUGAUAAUGGUUGGAAAUUGGUAACUUUGGACGAAAAUAAACAUGGAGGAUUAGCAUCACCAAUUUGUCAUGCAAUUCUCAGAUCACCACAUUUUCGUAUGGUCGUAAUGUGUAUCAUAUUAGCAAAUGGUAUAACUACAGCAACAAUGAGUUUCAAACAUGAUGAGAAGCCAAGGCACACUUAUUAUGAUAAUUAUUAUUAUGCUGAAAUUGCUUUUACAAUCUUUCUGGAUUUAGAAACUUUAUUCAAAAUUUGGUGCCUUGGUUUUCGAAGUUAUUACAAGCACUCUAUCCACAAAUUUGAACUGUUGCUUGCAAUUGGCACAACUAUUCACAUCAUUCCAGUCUGCUAUCUUUCUGCAUUCACUUAUUUCCAGGUUCUCAGAGUGGUUAGAUUAAUUAAAGCAUCUCCAAUGUUAGAAGAUUUUGUAUACAAAAUAUUUGGACCUGGAAAAAAAUUAGGUAGUCUUAUCAUCUUCACCAUGUGCCUGUUGGUGAUAUCUUCCAGUAUUUCUAUGCAACUAUUUUGUUUUCUAUGUGACUUUACUAAAUUUGAAACAUUUCCUGAGGCCUUUAUGUCUAUGUUUCAAAUACUUACUCAAGAAGCUUGGGUUGAUGUUAUGGAUGAAACUAUGUUAAGAACACAUGAGACUAUGGCACCAUUUGUUGCUGUGUAUUUUAUUUUAUAUCAUCUCUUUGUCACAUUGAUUGUUUUAAGUCUUUUUGUUGCUGUAAUUUUGGAUAAUCUUGAAUUGGAUGAAGAUAUAAAAAAAUUGAAGCAAUUGAAAUUUCGUGAACAAAGUGCAGAAAUAAAGGAGACUCUGCCAUUUAGAUUAAGAAUUUUUGAAAAAUUUCCUGAUAGUCCACAAAUGACUUGUUUGCACAAAGUACCAUCAGACUUUAAUCUUCCAAAAGUUCGUGAAAGCUUUAUGCGGCAGUUUGUAUUAGAAGUAGAAGACGAUGAGAAUGAAGGUGCAAAGAAGAUAAAUGAGACUUUUGAUUCGAAAAUAAUAUAUAGAAAACAACGUCCUGUUAAGAUAUUAAAUAAUCCACCAAAAGUAAGGAAUGUUGUUACCAGCUUAAAAAAAGCAGCUGUUAUUUAUAUAAUAAACGAUUCAAAUAAUCAGAGACUUCUAUUGGGAGAUUCUGCGAUGAUACCAGUUCCUGGAAAAGGACUUUUAAAGCCUCAGGGUACAGUUAGCAGUGCUAAGCAACUCCGUAUUGAUCAAAAGAAAUCUAUAAGAAGAAGUGUUCGAAGUGGAUCAAUUAAAUUGAAGCAAACUUAUGAACAUCUUAUGGAAAAUGGAGAUAUAGGAGGAAUAAAUAGAGUUAGCUCAUCUCGAAGUAGACCACAUGAUUUAGAUAUUAAAUUAUUACAAGCAAAAAGACAACAAGCAGAAAUGAGAAGAAAUCAACGAGAAGACGACUUACGAGAAAAUCAUCCAUUCUUUGAUACACCACUUUUCGCUGUACCACGUGAGAGUAAAUUCCGUAAAAUUUGUCAAUUGUUAGUUUAUGCAAGAUAUGAUGCAAGAUUAAAAGAUCCUUUGACGGGGAAAGAAAGAAAAGUACAAUAUAAAAGUUUACACAAUUUUCUAGGAUUAGUUACAUAUCUCGAUUGGGUAAUGAUAUGUGCAACAACUUUAUCUUGUAUUUCUAUGAUGUUUGAAACUCCUCGAUAUCGUGUAAUGGAAAUUCCUGCACUACAAAUAGCCGAAUAUGGUUUUGUAAUAUUCAUGAGCAUAGAAUUAGCUUUGAAAAUAUUAGCAGACGGCUUAUUUUUUACACCAAAAGCUUAUAUCAAAGACGUCGCUUCAGUUCUUGAUGUUUUCAUUUAUAUUGUAAGCCUUGUAUUUUUAUGUUGGAUGCCCAAAAGUGUACCUCCAAAUUCUAGUGCUCAAUUGCUUAUGAUUUUACGCUGUGUCAGACCUUUAAGAAUAUUUACUCUCGUGCCACAUAUGAGAAAAGUUGUUUAUGAGUUAUGUAGAGGUUUCAAGGAAAUAUUACUGGUAUCCACUUUAUUAAUACUACUCAUGUUUAUAUUUGCAAGUUAUGGUGUUCAACUUUAUGGCGGUAGGUUGGCACGUUGCAAUGAUCCUACUAUUUUGAAACGAGAAAAUUGUGUUGGAGUAUUCAUGAGAAGAGUUUUUGUAACAAAGAUGAAAUUAAGACCAGGACAAAAUGAAAGUUAUCCAUCCAUAUUAGUACCUCGUGUAUGGGCAAAUCCAAGAAGAUUUAAUUUUGAUAAUAUAGGCGAUGCUAUGAUGGCUCUUUUUGAAGUACUUUCUUUCAAAGGUUGGCUUGAUGUUAGAGAUGUCCUAAUUAAAGCUCUUGGCCCGGUACAUGCAAUCUAUAUUCAUAUUUAUAUCUUCCUUGGUUGUAUGAUUGGUUUAACUCUUUUUGUGGGCGUUGUUAUAGCAAAUUAUUCUGAAAAUAAAGGUACAGCUUUAUUAACAGUUGAUCAAAGAAGAUGGUGUGAUUUAAAAAAACGAUUGAAGAUUGCCCAACCCUUACAUUUACCACCACGGCCUGAUGGCAAAAAGUUUAGAGCAUAUAUUUAUGAUAUUACACAAAAUAUUUACUUUAAAAGAUUCAUUGCAGUAAUGGUACUUAUAAACAGCGGUCUGCUAUACGUUUCUUGGAGAAUCGAGGAAAAACACACGGAAGCUCUAGCUACGGUGUCCACGAUUCUGACACUAAUCUUCCUCAUAGAAGUCAUUAUGAAAAACAUUGCUUUUACACCACGUGGCUAUUGGCAGUCCAGAAGAAACAGAUAUGAUUUGCUCGUGACAGUCGUGGGCGUUAUUUGGAUCAUCAUUCAUUGUACAAUGAAGAAUGAUUUAUCAUAUCUUAUUGGCUUCAUGGUUGUAAUUCUUAGAUUCUUUACAAUCACUGGCAAACAUACAACACUCAAGAUGUUGAUGUUGACUGUUGGUGUAUCUGUUUGCAAAAGUUUCUUCAUUAUAUUUGGAAUGUUCCUCUUGGUAUUCUUCUAUGCACUAGCAGGAACUAUUAUUUUUGGAACAGUAAAAUAUGGAGAAGGAAUAGGAAGACGCGCUAAUUUUGAAUCACCCGUUACUGGUGUUGCUAUGCUAUUUCGCAUUGUCACAGGAGAAGAUUGGAAUAAAAUUAUGCAUGAUUGUAUGAUUCAGCCACCUUACUGUACUCCUGCUGCCAAUUAUUGGGAAACAGACUGUGGAAAUUUUCAUGCAUCCCUAAUUUAUUUCUGUACAUUUUAUGUAAUUAUUACUUAUAUCGUCCUAAAUCUUUUAGUAGCUAUUAUCAUGGAAAAUUUUUCUUUAUUCUAUUCAAACGAAGAAGACGCAUUACUUUCUUAUGCAGAUAUUAGAAACUUUCAAAAUACUUGGAAUGUCGUUGAUAAUCAUCAGAAAGGUGUCAUACCAGUAAAAAGGGUAAAGUUUAUUUUACGAUUAUUGAAAGGAAGAUUAGAAACAGAUCCGCAGAAAGAUCGUUUGUUGUUCAAAUACAUGUGUUAUGAAUUGGAAAGACUUCACAAUGGAGAAGAUGUUACAUUUCAUGAUGUUAUUAACAUGUUAUCUUAUCGUUCAGUGGAUAUUAGAAAAGCACUUCAGUUAGAAGAAUUACUUGCAAGAGAAGAAUUUGAAUAUAUUAUUGAAGAAGAAGUUGCAAAACAAACAAUUAGGACUUGGUUGGAAGGAUGUUUAAAGAAGAUAAGAGCGAAGCAACAAAAUAGUCUUAUCGCAGGCCUUCGUGCUACAAAUGAUGUCGCUAUAACUCCACAAGAUUUUAUUGAAGUUAAAAGUAAAGAAACGACCAAGGAACGUGAAGAAGAAGACGAAGGAAAAGAUGUAGAUGGAUUGCGUCAUAAAGCAAAAAAGCCUGUAGUAUUGCCAAGAUCUGACAGUAUUGGAAGUGGAUCAGGUAGAAAAUACCUUGUUCCAACAUUAUCAGAUCCUGCUUCUGUAAGAUCUGAUAAAGAUAAAAUCCCUCCAUCCAAGAAAAGAAACAACAGACCACCACCUACAGUAAAAAAUAAUUUACCGCAUCUCACAGAAAAUACAGAACAAAAUAGACAGCAGAGAGAACCUGUAAAUUCUAAAUUAAGUACUCCUAAAAUUUCUAGCGUCAUGCUUGAAGUCCGAGAAUGGUGGAAAGAACAGUUAGCUUACAGUAGCGAAUCCAAUGAUGAGGAUUAGAAGAUGUACAAAGAAGAUAUUAGAUAAAUAUAUGUGUGUAUAUAUAUAUAUACACGUGAGUGCGUGCACGCACGCACGCAUACACACACACACACACACACAUUAAAAAGAAAGAAUAGAUUACAUAAAAUUGAAGAUGAAGUUAAUAUAAUAUACGUGCCUAACUAUUUCAAAUAAUCGUCCUAACGGAGAUUUUGUACGCCCAUACGUCUUUUCAAAACAAUUGUUUGUCAAAUAUUCCAUUUAAAAUUAUAUAUUAAAAAAAAAAAAUACGUAUGUAUAAUAGAUUUUAUAUUAAGUGAUUUUUUUUUUCUAUUGUAACUUACAGAAGGACUGAUAUCAGUAUCACGCAUAAUCAUACCGAUUAAUGUAUAAUUUAAUUUUUGAAUGUUUAAGGUUACUGCAUGCAAUAAUGUACUGGGUUUUUUUUUCUUUUUUUUUUUU